UGAACGGUUUGGCUGCGCCCUCCAGCCAAUGCUUCCAUUCCCUCAGCACAAGAACGAUGGCCAGCAGCUCUCUAUUCCCCACGUCGUAGUUUCCCUCUGCUUUGGAAAGGCGACGUGAGAAGAAUGCACACAGGUGGAGCCUCUGGUCGGCCGGGGAUCUCUGGGACAGGACCGCUCCCACUCCUGUAUCCGAGGCGUCAACCUCAACGAAAAAUUGAGCAGAGGGGUCAGGGUGAGACAGUAUAGGGGCUGAAGUGAAUAGCUGCUUAAGUCUACAAAAUGCUCUUUCGGUCUCAGUGGACCAUACAAAUGGUUUAUUAACAGAUGUUAGCCUUGUCAGAGGUUCGGCAAUAGAACUGAAAUUCCGGAUGAACCUCCUAUAGAAGUUGGCGAACCCCAAGAACCUCUGUAAAGGCUUCCUUGCUGUCGGAGAUGGCCAAUCGACCACCGCCUGAAUCUUGGCGGGAUCGGCUCGAAGCUUGCCGCUCUCCACAAUGUAACCCAAAAAAGACACAGAAUUGGCGUGGAAUUCACACUUCUCAACUUUGACGUAAAGUCUAUUUUCCAAUAACCGCAGUAGGACUUGACGGACUUGUCGUACGUGUUCCUGCAAAUCAUGAGAGAAAAUCAAAAUAUCGUCGAGGUACACAAAGCAAUUCUUAUUGAUAAGGUCGCUAAGAACAUCAUUAAUGAGAUUUUGGAAGACAGCUGGAGCGUUGGUUAAUCCGAAAGGCAUAACAAGGUAUUCGAAGUUCCCCAGGGGCGUAUUAAAAGCUGUUUUCCACUCGUCUCCCUCCCGAAUCCGUACCAGGUGAUAAGCACAUCUGAGAUCGAGUUUGGUGAAAAACUUAGCAUUGUGCAGUGUGGAGAAGGCCAAAUCCAUCAAUGGGAGCGGGUAACUGUUACGUACGGUGAUGUCAUUGAGUGCCCGAUAGUCAAUACAGGGACGGAGAGAUUUAUCUUUCUUUUCAACAAAAAAAAAUCCCGCCCCCAGUGGUGACGUGGAUGGGCGGAUGAGACCUGCGGCGAGCGAUGAAGAAAUGUAUUCUUUAAGGGAAGCGAACUCUGGACCGGAAAUGUUGUAUAAAUCGGGAGCUCGGGAGAGUGGCGUUAGGCAGGAGAUUAAUGGCACAAUCGUAGGGUCGGUGUGGAGGUAGAGCCUCGGCUAGGUCUUUGCUAAAGACUGGUUUGAGAUCAUGGUAGCAGGAGGGUACAUUAGAUAGAUCGAUUUUUUCCAAGCUUUUAGCCAUGACGGAAGUUUUGAUCAUGGCGGCACGUAGGCAGUUGCUAUGGCAAAAGUUGCUCCAAUUAGAUACGCGGUUAUUGUUCCAGUCAAUUGAGGGAUUAUGGAGUUUGAGCCACGUGAGGCCAAGCACUACGGGAGCGGCUUGUGAGGGAAUGAUAAAGAAUCUGAUCUCCUCUACGUGAUUGCCCGAUAAUUGCAACGAAAUGGACUCAGUCUGGUGAGUGACGGUGGCGAGUUGAAGUCCCUCAAGCGAGUGCACUUCCUUAGGAACAGGUAGCUCAAUGAAUUUAAUGUUCAAUUCCUUGGCUAAAUUAGUGUCGAUAAAGCUGUCAUCAGCACCAGAGUCCACCAAAGCCAUUACAUUGUGUCUAACCCCCCUUACAGAGAUUAUACCCUCAAUCUGUAGUCUUUGUUUGUCGUACUGACAGUCCGUGUGAGUCCUCUCAUACUCACGCUCAGGGGAAGGCCUGCCUUCUUUAGCCCCGAAGGAAGUCGUGGUCUUCACAGGUUGCUCCUCGCCGUCAGAGCAGGGUGUGGGACGGCGGUUUGGGCGCACCGGGCAUCUGGCUAUAUGGUGAUUCGGUUCCCCGCAGUAGAGGCAGAGGUGGAAGCGGCGACGGCGAGCCCUCUCAGUGGAUGUGAGGCGUCGUCCUCCCAGCUGCAUGGGCACCACUCCGUUGUCGGAGCCGGUGUGACCCGGUGAAGUAUCCAAUCUGCGAAUGCCGGGGUCAUGUAGUGGCGUGUAGACCCUGCUGCGUGAGGUGCGUGAAUCCCCGGCUGGCUUGUCUCCCUCGAGCAACUCCCGGUCACGCUCCCUCAAACGAUUAUCCAGGCGAAUGGUGAGAUCGAUGAGUUCGUCCAAAGUUUUAGGAGUCUCUCGUACCGCUAACUCAUCCUUGAGUCGCGGUUGCAAAGCCUUGCGAAAAAUUCCGCGCAAUGCGGCGUCAUCAUACCCGCUCUCGGCGGUCAAAACCCGGAAACUUACUGAAAAGGCGGCUACGGAACGUCCCUUUUGCCUCAUGUCGAGCAAGCGAUCCCCUGCUUCACUUCCCCUCACAGGGUGAUCAAAAACCUUCCGCAUUUCAGACAAAAAAUAGGGGUAAGACAAACGCGCGGCGGGUUUAGCGUUGCUGAUUGCCACAGCCCAGGCGGCAGCUUCGUCGGUCAAUAGGCUCAUAACAAACGCUACCCUGGCAGAGUCAGUAGCGUAUGUGGACGGUUGUUGGUCAAAAACCAGCGAGCAUUGGUGAAGAAACUGGUUGCAGGACAUGUACUCACCCGAAAAACGAGGAGGGUGGGGUAUGCUAGGUUCACGUGUCGUAGGGUUUAUAGCGUCGGUAGCAAUGUUGCUUACCGGUGGAACGACAGGAACAGCAGGUGGAGAGGAGCUAAGCAGUCCCACAGCGAGUGCUUGUUCCAAACGCUGGUCAAUAGAUCCGACACUAGUAGCGAGAGCCGUUAUGGCGUCCAUCAUCUCGCGUAAGGACUUCUCAUGAUUACCCACCAGCUGUCCCUGAUGAGACAGGGCGGAGCGCAGGUGUUCUAAUUCUGCGGGUUCCAUAAUUGGCCAGUUAUUCUGUCACGGUGUGGCUUACGCCAAAAAGGUUGGAACCCGUUAUGCAGACUGACACAGCGCUAGUAAGAAUACCAUUUAUUAAACAAAGCAAUAAAUGGCAACAAUACAAAAAUAACUACCAAAAGAUAACAAAGGAACACAGGGCUUGAGCCAAAAACUACAAGGAACGAAAAAACACUGCGAGGCAGGAAAAGGGUAACAACAAAAAAUAACUAAGGAACACAGGGCAUGAGCCAAAAACUACAAAGAACAAAAAACGCUGCAAGGCAGGAAAAAAGGUACUCACAGAACGAAAGGAGCUGCAGGAAAAAAGGUGCAGAGCAGGUAGAGGCAGUACAAAUCACAAUGGCAGAAAAUACACGAGCAAGGGGACCAGUUGGGAGCCAAGGGACAAGGAACAGGAAGCAGGGUUGCCAAGGGAAUAACUGGCAACUGGGUAGUGGCUGAGCAGAGGUAUAAAUGGGGAGCAGCAGAUUGAUCGCAGGUGUUCCUAAUUACUCAUCAUAGCAGCCAUGACACUGCAAGGACAAAACAGAGGCGGCAGCAGAGUGCAAAACACAGAACAUGACAGCAGGUGAGGUUAAUUGGCGACUCUAAAUUGUCCAUAGGUAUGAAUGUGAGUGUGAAUGGUUGUUUGUCUAUAUGUGCCCUGCCAUUGGCUGGCCACCAGUCCAGGGUGUACCCCGCCUGUCGCCUGAAGUCAGCUGGGAUAGGCUCCAGCAUGCCCCCGCGACCCUAAUGAGGAAGAAGAGGUAUAGAAAAUGGAUAGAUGGAUGUUGGGAAAAAUAUAAUAUUUAUUUAACAAAAUAUGGGAAGAAGGGAAAAUACCAAAGCAAUGGAAAAGUGCAUUAAUUUUACCAUUUAAUAAACCCAGUAAGGAUCCAAAACACCCUGUGAAUUAUCGACCUAUUGCUCUAACAUCACAUCUAUGCAAGUGCAUGGAGAAAGUUCUAGUCAGAAGACUUAACUAUUUCCUUGAAAGUCGAGAGUUACUUACAACUUAUCAGUGUGGUUUUAGAAAAGGACGAUCAACAAUGGAUGCUGUAGUUAGAGUAAGUAAUGAAAUAGAGAAAACCUUUAAAAUGAAAGAGUUGAUGAAUAUUGUAUUCUUUGAUAUUGAAAAGGCUUAUGAUUCCAUGUGGCGGGAGGGUUUAUUGAUUAAGAUGAAUAGGAUGGGAAUUAGAGGUAGGUUUUAUAACUGGGUCCUUGAUUUCAUAUCGGACAGAAAAUUCAAAGUUAAAAUAGGAUCAGAGAUGUCAGUACAAUACAGUAUAGCAAAUGGUAUACCACAGGGGAGUGUAAUUAGUCCAGUUUUGUUUAACAUAAUGAUAAAUGAUAUAUUCAUGAAUCUGGAUAGAAGGAUUAGGUCGGCCCUAUAUGCAGAUGAUGGAGUGAUUUGGGCAAGGGGACGAGAUUCUAUAAAUGUGACAAGUAAAAUGAAGGAAGCAAUAAAGAAGAUAGAACAAUGGUCAUAUGACUGGGGAUUUAAGCUAUCACCUAAUAAAACAUGUUACAUGACGAUUACCAGGAAAAAAGGCAUAAAAAAUCAGAACCUGAUGCUAUAUGGACAAAACAUGAUAAAAGUAGAUCAUUUUAAAUAUCUUGGUAUGUGGCUAGAUCAGAAAGGCACAUGGAAGACCCAUGUGGAAAAGGUAGAAGAGAAAUGUAAGAGGAUAAUAAACUUAAUGAGAGCUGUUACAGAUAAGGAGUGGGGAGCAGAUAAACAGUCACUAAUAUAUAUAUAUAUGAGCAAAUAUAGAUUAUGGAAGUUUUGUAUAUCGAGCUGCAGCUAAAACACAUUUAAUGAAAAUAGAAAGAAAUAUUCACAAAGCAUUUAGGAUAUGUACAGGUGCAAUCACAUCAACACCAAUUAAAGCAAUGCAGGUUGAGUUAGGAGAAGUACCGUAUGACCUGAGAAGAGAUCAACUUAUGUUGACAUACUGGAGUAGACUUAAAGGAUGUAGGCUUGGACAUCUGGCCAAGAAUGUGAUAGAGGAAUGUUGGGAGUAUAAUACAACUAAAAGUAAUAGCUUUGGGUGGGUAAUUAAAGAUAAAAUAGAUAAAUAUAACAUAAAAAAUAUACAUAUUAAUAAUUCUACACCCAUAAGUAACGUUUCUAUCUGGCUAUUUCCUAAACCUGAAGUAUAUAUAUAUAUAUAACAGAGUUAAAAAAAAUAAAUGGAAAGAAAGUGAAAAAGGACGUAAGGCAAGUCAAUAUAUUAAAAACAAAUAUUAUGGUUACUUAGAUAUGUAUACAGAUGGAUCAAAAAGCGAAGAAGGGAAGGUGGGGAUUGGAAUCUAUGUACCAUCAAUGAACGAUAGCAUUGCAAAAGGUUUACCAGAUGAGCUUUCCGUUUAUACAGCAGAAAUGAUGGCAAUUAUUAUAGGUUUGCAAUGGAUAGAGGAAAUAAAAGCAGAUAGAGUGGUAUGUUGUGUGGACUCUCUGGCAGCAUUAUACAGUAUUAAUAAUAUGGAAUCAAGUCGAGAGGAUUUACUAUUAGAAAUACAUCAAAGCCUAUUCCAACUAUACAUGUUAAAAAUAGAAAUAAGAUUUUGCUGGGUGCCUGCACAUGUAGGGGUGGAGGGAAUGAGGUGGCAGAUAAAAUGGCUAAAAUGGGAAUUAGAAGGAAUGAAAUUAUAGAUAUACCUGCUGGUAAAGGCGAAGUAAAGGCAAUAAUCAAAAAACAAAUGAUGGAGAAAUGGCAAAAUAGGUGGGAUGAGGGUAGUAGCGGUAGAAAGUAUUAUAAAGUACAAAAAUCUAUCAGUGCACAAGGGGUGAAGAGAAAAAACAGAAAAGAGGAAAUAGUGUUAACUAGGAUGAGGCUCAAUCACACCGGGUUAAAUGACAAGAUGUUUUUGAUAGGGAAAUGUAAAACAAAAGUAUGUAUGGAGUGCAAAAGUAUAGAGAACGUAGAACACAUAUUACUACACUGCAAGAGAUAUAGGGAAGAACGUGUAACGUUAAGGAAAAGAAUUAAGAAGAUAGGAAAGGAAUGGAGCAUUGAGGGUAUCUUAGGAACAGGUGGGGAGGGGUAAGAGAUAUACAGAGGGCAGUGAUAGAAUAUUUGAAGGACACAGGAUUAUAUAAUAGAAUAUAGAUAAGUAUUAGAAUAUUUUAUUAUAAGUAUUAUUAUUAGGAUUAUUAUUAGUAGUAGUAUAAGUAGUCUCCUUGCUAUCUAAGUUCGCAUAAAGUAACUGUAUAUGGCCCAUGUUACAUACUCCGGUACAGUAGGUGGCGGUAUGCACCUUUUAAAGUCAUGGUUGCAACCCGCCAUUAAACUAAAAGAAGAAGAAGAGCGGAAGUGAGGCCGGGGUGGCGCGAAAACUUCGAGAGUCGACAACAUCGUCUUUCCUUUUUCAGAUUGUUUGUAAUGUGCACAGCCUUGGAUAAUGGAGACAUCAUCAUCUUCAAUGAUGAUGAUGACGUUGCAGAUGGCAACCGGGACGUAUCCUACAGUGAAUCUUCAGUUGUCAUAUUGGAGACUGAAGACGUUCCCAGGAAGGACUGUGCGUUGUCUCCCAGCAAGCUGGAUGAAGACGUAGUUGUCACCUUCACCCGUCCCGCGGAGCUGUUACCGCACGCGCGUCAUGAUUGCCCCAUACACCCUUUCACAGCUACAGACAACUGUAUUACGCCUGUGUCUGGGAACCAGCACCGAUGCGAGCAGUGCUUUUGCUAUAUCUGUGACAAGCUGGCAUCCACGUGUGACCAAUGGCAUGUGAGCCAGGUGUGCCACUGCAACAGCCACAAGAAGAGCAACUUCUGGAACACACUCCGAAACUGCUUUCUGUUGGGUCAACUGGAGGCCUUUAAGCUCAUCCUGUCCGAAAUGGACCACAAACACCGACACGCAGAGAUGCUGUUGCAGAUCUUCAAAAUCCAGCUCAAAGAUAACUUCACAUUGUUCCUCCAAGGCAAGAGUGUGGGUGACAGCCUUGUUUACGACUACACCCCCAUGUACGAGUGUGUGUCUUCGUUCUUGAACAAAGCGGACAAGGAAGAUGACAGAGCUGCGGCCAUCAUGAGGCUGGCAGCAGCGGAGGCGUUUAUUCAACACGUCCAAGCCGAACGGGUGGUAGGGUCGGUGCAGAAGCAGAUGGUGAUGGCUGAUUUCCCACCAUGUUUCAGACAGAAACUGCAGGAUUUUUACAGCAAGUUGUACUUCUCUCCUGAGCUGAAGAACAUGAGGUUGAGCCUGAGCGUGCGCCCUUGGGAUGACGUCCUGUUAGUAUCCGUGUUGAAAGGGCAAAAUGUGUUAGGAGUGCGCACCAAUAAAGGCAAGAAGGACUCCCUGUUGGAGGACAUGGCUGUGAUUCUCCUGAGGGUGGAACUACUCCUGGAACAGGAAAGGUUCCGAGAGUUGAGUCGCUAUGUAAGAGCCGUGCACACGGAUCAGCCCAAAUGCUUCCUGUUGCUGAAGGAACUCAUCCCUUUCUUCAUGUGCUUGGACGGCGACUUCACUGCACUGCAAAGCACUUCCUUUCUGAUAGAGAACGGACUCGCCUCUCGCCUCACGCCACAGAUCUUCCAGUUGUACCUCCGCAUGCUCAGCACGGCCAUGGCUCCCAAGUGGACUAUCAGCCAGACCUGCGAGCUCUCCCCAUUUAAGGACAAGUGGGCUCCAAUCGAAGGUGCGGAGCCACUGACAUGUUUGGAAUUGGUCCGCUUUGCACUCAAGGUACAUCGAUGCUGCUUGGCUGUCCGCAUGAAUUCUGAAUGUUGGACCUAUCUGCUCCAAAUCGUCCAAGGGGCUGUCGCCAGUCUUCCAGAACCCAGUCUGGUGUUCCUGCAAGAAGCUGUCCACACUGUGCAGAACAUUCUGCAGAACAAGUCCAGCAGCAACAUACAAAUCCUGCCUCACUUUGUGUCGCAGUUUCAGGAUCAGGCCAUGUUGCUUCUGGUCACUGGGGCUUUGAGUCAGAUAAUCCUUCAUCCUGAUCUGAGUCCAGUCAUCCCCAUUCUGUGCACGUUUCAGAAAAACCAGUGGGCUCUCCGCUGGUUUUGGAACAACCUGCCCAGCAGUGACCACCGCGUGGACAUCGUAAAGAAGAUCUAUCAGGAGCUGAAAAACCAUGCAGAAGCAGCUAAAAUGUGUUUUCCAACCAACAAAGCUCUGUUUCCUGCUGCCAAGGACUGGGACCACCGCCUGCAGCUGAACGACCUCCUCCCUUUGCUUUUGAGCUUGGAAGGCAACUUCCCGGCAGCGCUGAACAGUUUGUUCCUGCCAGGGAACGGACCCGUGUCGCACCUCACACCACACGCCUUCCAGUUUUACCUCCAAAUGUUCAACACGGCAACGGCGGCCAGGCUGACUUGUUGUUAUAUGGGCGAGCUUUGCUCAGUCUUGUCCAAGUGGCAGCCAAUCAAUGGUGCGGUGCCGCUGACAAGUUUGGAACUGGUGCGCUUUGCACUCAUGGUGCAUAGAUGCUGUCCGGCUGUCCAUCUGGAUUCAGAGUCUUGGAUCCAUCUGCUUAAAAUCGUGAGCACAACUCGAAAGAAAGGCACCCAUCUUUCAGAACCAAAUGGAGUGUUUCUGCAAGCAGUAAGCUGUCUACACUGUGAAUUCCAUCCUGUGGAGCGAGUCCAACUACAACAUUCAAAUCCCACCUUACUUUGUGUCGGUACGAACAGGACCGUCCCACACGGAGGGUCCUUGUUGGUGUGUAUAAUUGUGUAUGUGUGUGUUUGAUUUGCAGCAGUUUCCAGAUCAGGCCAUGUUGCUGCUGGUCAUAGGGGCCUUGAAUCAGAUCAUCCUCCAUCCUGAUCUGAGUCCAGUCAUCCCCAUUCUGUGCACCUUCAAGGUUGGUCCAAAUAUGUUUAAGACUCUAUUGUGUAACUAAGCAUUGUGUCACCUUGGAGGUCUCACACACAUUUCAGCCCGCAGCUCAUUUAUUGAUCCUUGGCAUAUUGUAAAAAAAAAAAAAAAAAUUCAUUAUUAAUGCCAUACAGUGGUGUGAAAAUGUUUGCCCCAUAGCAUAAACCACAGCUGGUGUAUCCAAAGCGUGAGGCAGUUAGCAUCUAGCUGGCUUAUAAACACGUACAUUGGUGUUAAAAAGCUUUUGCCCCCUUCCAGAUUUCUUACUUUUUUGCAUGUUUGUCACACUUAACCCUUGUGGUAACAUAUGAGAACUAACCCGUGACGCACAUAUUUGACCAAAAUAGUGGAUGUUUUAAAGGUGCGAUAACUAAGUAAUUUAUGAAUAUUUUUUUUACUUGCAACCACUCAAAAUGUUCAGUGGCAUCAGAGCUAUCCAUCCACAUAUUGAUUUUAUUUUUUUAUUUCAUUUUUUUGCCCUCUCUCUCUCUCUCUCUCUCUCUCUGUCUAUAUAUAUAUAUAUAAACAAAAUUUAAUUGGAAAAUUUCAUAUGGCAUAAUUAGAACCUUAAAAAAGUCAUAAAGUAAUAACAUAAUUUUCCUCUCCAUACCCAUUUUUUGACACAGGCAGUUUUUGGGGCAAAUACCCUGAAACGUACAUAUUUUACCAAAAUGGCGGAUGUUUUACAGGUGUGAUAACUAAGUCAUUUAUGAAUAUUUUUUUACUUGCAACCACUCAAAAUGUUCAGUGGCAUCAGAGCUAUUCAUACACAUAUUGAUUUUAUUUUAUUAAUAUCAUUUUUUGCCCUCUAUGAACAAUAAAAGCAGUACUGUGCUAUGACCAAAACCAACUAUGCUAGAUAUAUAUAUGUGUGUGUAUAUA